AUGGGCGUGACAACAUCCAGAACGAAUGCCGAAAACAAUUCUGCUGCAGCAGAGCACCAAAACGACACCCUGCCCGUCCCUAACUCCACUCUCUCCUACUGGCGCGAGAAGCCGCACCGUCUCGACUCUCACCGCAGCACCCCAGACCUUCCCACCUCAUGUGACGUCGCAAUCAUCGGCUCCGGCCUGGCCGGCGUCUCCGUUGCAUACCACCUCGCCACCUCAACCCCCAACCCGCCCUCGACCCUCCUCCUCGAAGCCCGCCAACUCUGCUCCGGCGCCACCGGCCGCAACGGCGGCCACGUCAAAGUCAAGACGGCCACCCUCCUCUCGAUAAUCGCCCGUUCCUCGUCCUCUUCUUCCUCUUCCAGCCCCUCCUCCUCAUCAUCUUCUUCUUCCUCCUCCGCCAUCGCCGCCGCCAACGCCCUCGACGCCUUCGUCCGCGCCCAGAUCGACGCCCUCGCCGACGUCGUCACGUCACGCGAACCGGGUUUGGCCGCCGAAUGCGAAUUCCAGCUGCGGCGCAGCUGGGACGCGUUCGUGCAGGAAAGCGACGCGGCGUGGUUGGAGGAAGAGUGGCGGCGGUGCGUGGAGCGUGGGGAUGAGUGGACGCGGGGGAGGGAGUUCGUGCGGGGAGAGCAGGUGGAGGCGCUGACGGGCGUGAAGGGAGCGAAGGCGGCGGUGAGUAGCCCCGCGUGCUCGUUGUGGCCGUAUCGAUUCGUGGCGGGGUUGUUGGAGAGGGCGAUGGGGUGGAAUAAGGGACUGAAUGUGCAGACGGGGACGGCGGUGGUGGGGGUUGAGAAGGGGGAGGAGGGGGAGGGGGAGAAGGGGGAGUGGCUGGUGAGGACGGAGAGGGGGACGGUGAGGGCGCGGAAGGUCGUGUUUGCGACGAAUGCGUAUACGGCUGGGUUGCUUCACGAGUAUCGCGGCGUGAUUACGCCGUUUAAGGGGACGUGUGCGCAUCUGGCGACGCUGGAUGGGAGGGAGCCGGCGCAGCCGCGGCUCAGUCAUACUUACAAUAUCGAGUAUGGCCGGCAGAAGCUGGAGACGGUUGACUACUUGAACCCCAGGCCGGACGGUGGCAUCGUGGUGGGGGGUGGCAAGUUUUUGUACGAAGGGCAGAGGGAGCUGUGGUACAACACCGUGGAUGACUCAACCUUGAUGGAGCCUGUCAUUAAGGCUAAGUACUUCGAGGGCUAUAUGCAGAGGAACUUCACGGGAUGGGAUGACAGUGGAUCUAAGCUAGAGAGGAUCUGGACCGGAAUCAUGGGCGUCACCCCUGAUAGAUUUCCACAUGUUGGAAAAGUUCCUGGGAAGCAGAACCAAUGGAUUCUUGCAGGGUUCAAUGGCGGCGGUAAUGCGUUGGUAUAUCUCUGUGCCAAGGGUGUUGCAAAGAUGGUAUUGGAAGACGUGCCAUUCGAAGAGACGGGAGCGGGCAUUCCUGAGAUAUUCAAGACCACAGAGGAGAGAUUGGCAAAGCAUUCAUGA